AUGCUCAAGUUUGACUACCAGACCUAUGACUCUGACACAGACGCCAGCCCCUCGGAGCGCUGGCGCAUCCUGGGAAGCAACAUCCUCGUGGUGACUCAGCAGAUGGCGGCCGUGGAGCAGCUUCCCAGGCUGACCGCGGUGUACGGCGCCCCAGGCCACCCGCCGCUCAUCUCAGAAAUCACCCGCGUCGCCUCUGCCCGCGGCAACCUGUGUGUCUUCAGCGUCCGCCUGCUGCCCGUCGGCGCGCUCGCUUACACCCAGCCUGCGGCUUCCGCGGCGGAGCGGAGGCUCUUGUCGCUCGCCCCCCCAGACGCGUUUGCGAGCCUGCGUGAGCUGAGCAUCUGGAUGCCAACGCCACUCAAAUACGACGACGACGCGCCGCCGUUUGACCCGUCGCCGUUGGCGCCGCUGGUCGGCCGCCUAGAGACGCUCAAGCUGCGCUUCGAGGUCGGGCCCGAGGCCGCGCGCGCCUUCCGGCCGCUCCUGCCCACGGCGACGUCGCUCAAGACGCUGGUGCUGGUGGCCUGGCCCCGGGACGUCGCGCCGCCGGCGCUGGCUGGGCUCACGGCGCUGCGGCGGCUGGAGCUGCUGGCCGAGAGUGAUGUGAAGAACCUGCGGAUGCUCGCUGGCGUUGCGGGGGACGCGCUCACUUCUGUCACUGCCCUCGUGCUAGGGGACACGUCUGACCCGUUUCACGAUCGCGGCGAGAUCAUCUCAGAAAGCCUGUUCAACUCCCCAUCGCAUCGUGCCGCCGAUUGCUUGCGGGACGUUGGACUCAACCUGCCAAACCUCGAGGAUCUGAAGAUCGCAAGAGGGAUCAUUCUGGAGGGACCGACGUGGCCCGGCCCCGAAUACGAGGUGGGCGAUUGGUCGCCGCCGCCGCCGCCGCUGCCGCCGGCGCCGGCCCCGCUGCCGCGGCUGCGGGUACUGAGGGUCUCCACGCUGUACUCGCGCGACGAGGAUGACGACGACGCGGACGUCCGCGGCGACCUCCACCGCAUCGCGCCCAACCUCGAGGAGAUCUAUGUGGAGAGCAUAACCUCGGGGUUCUGCCCGGGGCCCGCCCUGCGCGGCUUGCGGCGGUUAAGGCUGCUCGAGUUUGGCGAUGAGAGCUCUGUGGAGGGGGCACCCACUUGGAUGAGGGCGUCUCAAUUCGCCGGGGCCGAUGAGCCACACCUGCGCCUGCCGCUUGGGCGCGAUGGCGCCAUCGAGUGCGUCCCGGCCGGGCCGGACGACGAGGCGGCGGCGCCUGCUGCGGAGGACGACGACGCAGCUGCGGGCGCUGGCGGGCUGGAGCUGCACUUGAAAUGGGAUAUCGACGGUGAUGUCUGGCGGCGCGGCCGCGUUUGA